AUGAACGAGAGAAGUGAAGCCACCUUGCGGAAAUUGCCGGAAUUGCUUGCCUUAUUGAAGAAUGACUGCCAUGGACCAUUCUGUAUUCCUCGUUUGGAUGUUGGACGGUUGUGGCUUCAUGUUUCAAUGGAACAAGGCAUGAAGUACAUGGGAACUAAUCUGGCGGAAGGUCUCAUGAACUACCUCUUCCGUCCCGAUAAUAUACGCCACAUCAUGGAGAUCACUGGCGAGCUGGUAUCCGUGAAGGAACUUAAACGUCAUACAAAGAAAAGGUUGGCGAGGAAUAGGGCUAACCCACAGGAAGUGUUGGUGUGGGAAGAACGUAAGAGCGAACGUAAGAGGUCGAAUAAGAAUAGAUAG